UAUUCAGGUUCAUCUGUUUGAUGUGAAGACAUAAAGUGAAGACAUAAAGUAUCGUUUUCAUCAUCUACAUCAGCAUGAAGUUGGACUUUGACGAUGCUCUGGAGAAGGUGGGAGGAUUUGGAUUCAUCCAACGCAUCCACUUUCUUCUGCUCUUCCUCAUGCAAUUCUUCCAGACACCGUUCAUUGUUCUACUGGCGUUUGUUGGGAAAGAACCAACAUUCAUCUGCAAGGGGCGGCGGGGGCAGCGACCCUGCAAACUUACACCACCCUGCAAGGAAUACCUGUACAGCAAAAACUUUACGUCCAUUGUGUCUGAGUGGGACCUUGUAUGUGAGCACAAGGCAGAUGCCGGCUAUGCCCAGUCGGUUCUCAUGUUUGGCUACCUGAUUGGAGUGGUCGCAAUUGGCCGGGUGUCAGACAAGUUUGGCCGACGUAGGACCUUCUUUUGGGGAACCAUUGCCCUUGUGGUCAUCCAGCUUGUUUCGGCUUUCACUCAGGACAUUUACCAGUAUGCCUUCACAAGGUUUUGGGGUGGUUUCUUCUAUGGAGGCGCUGGUCUUGCAGGUUACAUACUGAUGCUGGAGGGACUGUUGCCCAAGAAAUCGGCUCUCUUCAGUAGCGUCUUCAACUGCAGCUGUUCCUUGUCUCUUCUGUAUCUUGCAGCGAUGGCAUAUUUUGUUCGGGAUUGGAGACAGUUGACCUUGGUGACUUCUAUACCCAUGGCAUCCAUCAUCAUUGUCCCACUGGUAAUACCAGAAUCAGCUCGAUGGCUGGCCUCCCAGGGACGUAGGACAGAGGCAGAGGACCAGCUGCUGGGUUUCAGCAGGAAGAACGGAGUCAGGCCGUGCCCCACGGCGAUCACUCUGAAUGACAAGAGGGAAGACACCAAGGGAAAGACGUCAGCAGGCACCUUGGACUUGUUCCGCACUCCCGUGCUCAGACGGAGAAUGAUUAUACUCAUGAUCACAUGGUUUAGUUGUUGUUUGGCAUACUAUGGCCUAACGUUUGGUGCCAGCAGCUUAGGAGGCAGCAUGUAUGUCAACUUUGCACUGUCUGGAUUUGUCGAAAUACCUGCCAACUUGAUUAGUGUAUACGCUUUAAAUUGGAUAGGUCGCCGGUCCACCACGGCAGGCUCCUUGUUUGUCGCUGGUUUUGCUUGCCUAGCAGUCAUGUCUUUGCACAAGUCAGAUGGCGGUACCAUGUCUAGCACACAGACCUGCCUCGCACUUAUUGGCAAGAUGGGCAUAUCCAUUGCAUUCAACUCAAUAUAUCUCUACUCCGCAGAGCUGCUGCCAACGGUUCUCAGAAAUACAGGAGUGGGUGUGUGUUCCAUGUCUGCACGUCUUGGCGGAGUCAUCGCUCCAACCCUUCUUCCGUUUGGAGAGAAGGUGGCCUACCUAGUGUUUGGCUUGAUUGCCUUAUUGAGUGCCUUACUAGACCUGACCCUCCCAGAGAGCUUAAACAAGCAGCUUCCAGAGACUGUGAUGGAUGUAGAGAACAGCAUGUCUGUACCCACGCCGCAUCCAGAGAAAGCCAUGCUACCUGCUGGGGAUCAAGAUGGGGUAAUGUCUUAAGAAUGACUUCAGGUUAUUGCCUUUCUGAAGUGUCCUGAAAAGUUAAGGUUUUGAUCAGUGUUGAAGCUAGCAAGUGUGAGAUACGAUACACAGAUACAUGUCAACGCUAGCCAUGUUGGAGAAAGAAACAUUGGGGGAAUUUCUGGGUCUUGUUAUUUUACCUGAAGUAUUCCAAGCAAUAAGAAUAUGAACUCUUAUUCUAAAUAUCUUGGUUAUGGAGUAUACUUUGUGCAAUUUUUUUUAUGGUACUUAUUAUCUUUAUUCAGCUCAAGAGUUGUAAUGCUGUAAGAUCACAAUCAACAAGGCAUGACAAUUUGCUAAGGAAUACCUUAGUCAGUUCAUUUCACUAGGUUCUUCAAUUGACCCGAGAGCAGCGGUGGCAGAUGAAAUCAGUCCCUUUGCUAAAUUAUAAACAAUUGUCAUAGAACAUUUUUUGAUAACAAUGUUUAUUGCAUGAUAAGGAGGUACAUAAAUGAUCACCACUGUGACAAGUUAUGCACAAACAGCAGCUGUCUGGGCACGACUGUGGUAUAAAAUGCAACAGGUGUUUACUUCACAAAUUUCACGACACACUGUUACUCAAAAAAUUAUUCUGACUUUGGCAUAGCUGCAUGCUCAGUCACUUACAAUCAUGAUCCCAUACAUGAAAGUUUAAGUGAUCAGAAUCAUCAGUAUGUAAUAUUGUUCAGCUGUAUUGUUUUACAGUAGGGCAAGACUAUAACAUUUCAAAGUUGUUUUGAUUGCUUGAAUUUGAAGUUGAAAAUGCAAGAAAACGAUGGGUCUUUUAGCUUCAUAGAAUGAAGGGUUAAAAAAUUAUCCUAAUUUUUUGUAUGUCAUUUUAAAUGUAUACAUGAAGAACAAUGCUGUUUUAUUGGCUCGUGUGUUCAAUCUUAUGGAAACUGUAUAUUCACAAGGCUGAGAGAUUUGACAACAGCACAGUAGAGACAGUUGUGAGGUAUACUACCUCUUCAAGCCAUACUUGCUAACAGUCUGUGUAUUCCUACGGUACAGGCAAACAAGUUAUCUGUUCUUUAGGAAAUGUGGCAAAUCCCUGUGUAGGCUGGAUGCACUGCGGUGGAAGAGCUUGCCCACUUCACUUGGCAAAGCCUGUAUUUGCAUUCUUCUCUCUGCUGGAAUUGCAGUUUCAUAGUUUUCUUUUUCUUUAUCAAGUUUUCUCUUUGGGGAGUGUGGCAAAAAUACUGACAAAUCCCUGUGUAGGCUGGAUGCACUGUAAUGGAAGAGCUUGUUUUAAGCCAAGCUUGGUUUGCCGUCUUUUCUAUUUUGGUCUUUCACAAUAUUUAGGGUGCAUAAUGUGACAUUUUGUUUGUGUUCGUAAUACCUCUGAACUUAGUAUUUUUCCAUUCAAGUAUCGUUAUAAUCAACUUCCAGCUAUUUUAUCAGUUGGGUUGGUACUUUGCUUACAUGAUCACUUUAAAAAACGUUUUGUUUUUGUUUGCUUUCUGUGUCGUACCUGGUGCUAUCUCUGUUUUUCCAUGCUCUUCCAGACAGCCGUUGGCACUGUUACUGUGAUGUCAUUUAAGGAAGACACUGAGAAAAGUUGGCUUGUUGGUGUACUGCCAUGUACUGACAGAUAACAACGAGUCGCCACAGAAACGACAAUUUACGACAGCAAAAUAUGCAAAUAGUGGCAACUUUUCGUGCUGAAAUAACUGUAACAUUGUGGGCGCUAUAAUUAUGAUGUUGGAACAACGCACUGGUUCAUUUGAAAGGCAAUCUUCAGGUUUCAGACCACAGCAGAUACAUUCUGCACGCAAGCAUCUGUUGACAAUUGCUGCAGACACACCAUUCCAAGCCAUUCUGAGGCACUGCUUGUGGUGGUUGUGGAUGCUGCUGUGUGUGUGGUAUGUCUAUUAUUAGACCAGGGCUUCUCUCUGCAGAUUGAAGGAGCAGGCACCUCACUUCCCCCUCUUUUAGUGUGGCUGUAUCAUUCUGUGUGAGUAAAAUGUAACAGUACAAUGAUUUAGGUUCAGUUGUUGACCAGAACAGGGGGCGUCGACGGCAAGUGAUAAUUAUCCAUUUAAAAAUAUCUUCCAUUUCUUUUUGUGUAGAAUAUAAAGAAAAGCAGUCUCCACAAGUUCUUGUUAUGCUAUAUCACUUAUAUGUUGCAUAAGAAUUCUAAAAAGCAACUUCAUGCACCAACACUUAACCUACUUAGGGUUAUUUACUCUGAGAAAUUUCAAAAUCUCCUCAAAAACCACCAUAGGCCACUUUUAUGCUGUCUUUAAGCUGUGUACAAAAAUCUGUUUGUCACCCAGGCCCACAACUGGCUCUUCUUUUCCUUGUGCAGUGCCCAAGUACACUUGCCACAAGUACUGUGUUUUGUAUGACAUUUUUCCUAAAUUUCAUCACACGGUAAUGAAGUGAAGUCCGUGGAUGGAGGUAACAUGCCCUAAAUAUAAUGAGCUUACACUGUUGACUAGCAAUGCAUUACUAUCUGCGAGUAUGCCUACAAUAUCCCUAACAAGAUUAUCAACAUUCGCCUCUGAAUUUUCAAAAGCACUGACUAGUGUCUGAACUAGCAUUUCAUUCCCAAGAUCAAGUGCCUCUUCAAGCACUUUGGACAUGGCCAUAACUGCCACAAGUCAAAAUUUCACAGAAUAACAGAAAAUAACACUGAAUAACAGAAAAUAGCACUGAGAUAAGUGCACCACAUUUUGGAAACACUCGGCCAGUGUUUAUAAAAAGCCCUUUCACCAAUGGCUGCAACCUUCCUGAGUUUGAGGGGACGCAGCAUAGUGGUGCAGCUCCCAUCUGCAAAUAACGUUGCAGCUGCAAACUUCAGGUUACCUGCCAAGAUGCAGCCAUAGACUGGCUGGCUCUCCCACUUGAACGUGUCAGCGUCACACGUGUUGCAUUCCUGGGUUAUAGACACAAAGGUGCCUACAACCCUUUCCUUAUUCGUCACAUUCAGUGAAUGGCACGCAAAACAUCUCUGAAACAAGUCGAACAAUGCGGAUGAAAAAAAAUGAACUUCCACUGAAGGUGAACCUCCAAAUUGUCAGUCGCUCUAUUGCUGUCCUAGGACUGAGUCCUCUCCUCCUUUU